AUGAGGAUCAUUCUCGAAAUGGACAAUCUAACUGAGGAAUACCGUAGUACAGGGUCACAGCUGUUUGAUCUUGCUGAAGAUGUUUCGAUAUCUGAUAUUGACUUGGCUGAGCACCGAAGAUGGUUCCUGCGUAUCAGGGAAGAGUUACUCGAUCCGACACGACAUCUCGUCCGCAAUUGUAUGAGGUUCCAACAGCAUAUGAAAGCCCUCCGUGAACGAGUUCGAAUUGAACGGCAGAUCAGUAGACUACAGUAUUCGCUGUCCAUGGAAGCACUUCAGCUCAGCGAAGAAUACCAGAAAAGGAUUGAGGUCCUAAAAGCGCUGGAUUUCGUUGACGCCACUAAUAUGGUCACCUUCAAAGGUCGUGUCGCGUGUGAAAUUCAUCAUCAGGAACUGCUCAUAACUGAACUGAUUCUGUCGAAGAAACUGCACGAGAAGUCUCCAGCUGAAGUGGCGGCGAUGUUCUCGGCAACCACCUGCCAGUACAAAAGCGGUGAUGGGCCCCAGUUCGAGAAGGACAGUAUCUUCUAUCAGCUAAAAGAGGACGUACAGUCAACGAAUGACUGGAUCGAGGGACGUGCGGCAUUGGUAAAAGCCACUAUAGCCGACGUUGGUGAUGAGCUACGCUAUGACCUCAUGGAGGUCGUAUACCAUUGGGCUAGUGGAAUGCCAUUCUCGGAAAUCAUGGCGAUGACGGAUGCUCAAGAAGGUCUAAUUGUAAGAUGUAUUCAGCGGUUGGGAGAAGUAUGCAAGGACGUGAGGUGA